AUGGCGAGCGAGGUUGCUGCUGUGAUCCCCGAGUCGGCCAUCGCGUUUGACGAGAAGCAGAGCGGCGCGGGCUUCUAUGUUGACGGCGUUCGCGCCGACUCGACCGCCUUUCCAACUCUCGUUGGGGUCCUGUCGUCGCCACCAGGUAUCGUCUGCGAGUACAUGGGCCUUGGCGAUCUCGAGAGCUAUCUGCACGCGCUGCAGCACCCGUCGUCGCUCUUGUGGCCGGCCCAAGCCCACAUUGCAUGGAGCGUGGCGACGGCCGUGUCGUAUCUCCACAACUAUGGUCUCGCGCACAAUCGGCUUUGCCCCAAGCACAUUCUUCUCAGCGCCAACUUUGACGUCAAGCUCUGUGGCCUCAGCGGCGUCGAUGCCGAGGACGACGACGACGACGAAGACGUCCGCGGCCUCGGACGUGUGCUUCAUGCCAUGCGGACGCGCGCCACGGCGCUGGCGGCCACCAACUGUUUGUUCCAUGUACCGCCUACGCCGACGUGGCUGCUGACGCUGGCGACCGCAUGCGUCAACGGUCGCAUGUCCAUCGCAGACGUCGUGGACGUACUCGAACGCCACGGCGCCAACGACGGCGUCGUGUACGAAAAUCAGCACCACCAACGGACUUUGAGGAUCACCAAGUGCUCACGCGCUUUGUUGCCAGCGCCGACAAUGGCUGCAAGCGUCGCCCCGUUCACGCCGCGGGCGUCGCUCCUCGAGCCGUCCACAUCGCUCGACGACCUUCUGUCGCACUAUCGCGUAGCGACCCUCGACGCCGGGUUGCUCACUUGCGGCAUGGACGUCGACGGCACCGACGGCGAUGUCGUGCUUCGGCGGGGAACCUACGAUGGCCACUCCGUCGCCGUCCACCAGGCGCGUCAGCAAGGUGCGCUCGGUCACCGAGACUUAUUGGACCACGUGGCCCGUCUCCUCGCGGUCCAGUGCGAUACGUACAUGCCGCGCGUGCUCGGUGUCUGCUACGUACCCCAGACGUCGCUGCUUGGAUGUGAGCCGCCGCCGCCCGUGCCAUGUCUCGUCGUUGAUCGACGAGGUCUGCGCAGCCUCCGUGACGUCCUCGCCGAGUGCCCGCCGUACGCCGGGCCGUUCUACUGGCGCCUCAAGCUUUGGUGUGCCCACAACAUUAUCGCGUGUCUGGCGCAUCUCCACGCGCUCGGCGUCUGCCACAUGAACUUGACCUCGCACAACGUCUUGGUCGACGGCACCUUUCGCCCGCGUCUCACCAACGUCGGCGUUGCGCUCACAACGCGCCUCCGCGAGUGUGUCACCCUCGGCACGGGCGCGUCGCGGUGGUACCCCCCCGAGGUCUUUCUCGCAAACGCGCAACCGACGUCGGCCAUGGACGUCUUUGCCUUUGGGACGCUUUUGUAUGAGCUCGAGACGCACAAACAGCCGCACGAGUCGAUCGUGACGGACCACGCGCUCGCGACGAUUAUCUCUGGCGGCACCAAUGUGCACGUCAGCGCCGACUGCCCGAGCGGCCUCGCCCAGCUCGCAGCCGACUGCAUGCGACAAGAUCCGACGACGCGUCCGUCACCAGCUUCCAUUGUGCGCCGGCUGUACGACCUCCUCCACCCGAGCAGCACGCUCGAUAUGCCUGGACCGGCGUCCGUCGUUGCCGUCGACUCGGUGGCGCUGCAGUUUGAGAGCAUUGUCGAGAUCGACGACUACAUGGAGACGUUCCGAUGUCGCCUGUCGUCCGAGCUCGUCUGGAUCAAGCGUCCGACGACACAGUCGACCAAAGGCAUCGACGUCGACACGCGAGCUCGCUUCUUUGACGAAGUGAGUCUCUUGCUCCGGCUUCAGAGCGUGCAGUCGCCGCACAUAGUCAAGCUCAUUGGCGUGGCCAACAUGGCAGCGUUCGCUCCGGCGAUGGUCAUCGAGUACCCUCCGCUCGGUAGCUUGCGCGAGUUCGUCCUUCAACACACGCUGUCGGUCGUCGACAAACUCUACUUGCUUCUCGGCGUAGCCCAGGGCCUUGACGAUCUGCACCGGCGCGGUUGGAUCCACGGCGACGUGUGUUCGGAGAGCGUCUUCUUGGGCGCCCACCGCCAGCCCAAGCUCGGGCGUCUCGGUGCUGCCCGGCACGUACGCGAGUCGAGUAGCUUCCGGCACUUGUCCCGCAGCGCCCAGCUGUACGCUGCUCCCGAAGUUCUAUCGGCGCAAGCGUACUCCAAGGCAUCCGACAUCUACGCGUUUGGAGUGCUCAUGUGCGAGGUCGACACCGCCACGACACCGCUGGAGGCCGACACGACGGGCACUAGCAUUUACCCGGUGCUCUACCGCGUUAAGCAAGGUACGCUGACACCGCGGCCGUCCCCCGGUUGCACUCCGAUGUUCCGCGCGCUUGCCAACCACUGCAUGACGCUCGAUCAGAGCAAGCGCCCCACGACCGAGAAAAUCGUCGCUGCUCUUCAGCGCCAAAUUAUGGCGUGCGCCGAGCGUCCGACGGAGAAGCUCUUGGCGCGUUGCACGCACGAGGCGACUUCGGACGACGUUGCCGCAGCCGGAUUGCCCUCGGCCGAUCACGGCCAAUUGGUUGUAUCGAGAGACAUGCUCCUCGGCACCGGCAGCUACGCUGUCGUCGUGCGCUGUAGCUUCAAGGACGAGCCGUGUGCGCUCAAGCAGCUGCUUCCAGGCGUCGCGAGCGACCGGCACAACCGCACCAAGUUUCUGCGUGAAAUGCGACUGCUCGCGAGCUUGCAAUCGCCGAGGGUGGUUUCGUUCCGGGGCACACGCCACGUGACCUCCGCGCAACCGAGCUUUGUCAUGGAGCUCGUGGCGCCGGGCGAGAACCUGCGCGAUUGGUUGCAGCGCUCCCCGGCGCCGUCGUGGCGCCAGCGGUGUCGCAUUGCACUUGGUCUAAUCGAGGCCAUUGCGUAUCUGCACAUCGAGAGAAGCAUGGUGCACCUCGACAUCAAGUCCCACAACAUCAUGGUGCUUGAGGAUGGCCGCGUCAAGCUGGUGGACUUUGGCGAGGCACGGACGCUCGCUGAGGCCACGCCCGAGACGGUCAUGGGCGCCGGCACUAUUCAGUGGAUGGCACCCGAGCUCCACUAUAGCCGCGGCGACAUUGGCGCGUUGACCAAAGCCGACAUCUACUCGUUCGGCGUUGUGCUCUCGGAGCUCGACACGCUCCAAGUACCGUUCAGCGACCGCCAAUUUGCGAGCGCCUAUGCGCUUUGGCACGCGGUGGCUCGAGAUAAUGCCCGCCCGCAGAUGAGUGCGUCGAGCCCUGCGUGGUUCCUCGCGCUCGCCAAGCGCUGCAUGGACAGAGACCCGGGGUGCCGCCCCGACGCGGCGUCUAUCCGCACCGCUCUCACCAGGCGCGUGAUUGCCGAUACGACCGAGGACCACUUGUGCGCGUAGCUGUGACUAGACUCAUCACACAUACAGUAGUAAGAGAGUCGAUGGCCUGUACAACUGCAACGUCCUUUCUACAUUCGCUGUUCUGACAUAAGAACACCAGUCGUAACGAGGUGGUUGGCAGUUUAUAG